GGUCGGUAUCUUGCGAAGCGGCGCCAUGGACGACGACUUUGGCAGCGGGACAUGGACGAGCUUGGGCGUCGGCGUCGCGAUCGGUCUCGUCCUCAUUAGCUUCCUCACGCUCUAUCCUGGUGAGCCAUUCGAGUACACGCCGGACGCCUUGGAGCGCAACGCGGCGUCCUCGGCUACCUCGCCCGACGACGACGAGCGCUGCUUGCCAGAGAAGGCUGCAGACACGGACGAGCGCAAAGCGGCGGCUGCCCGCGUCGAGAAGAUUCAGGCUCUUCUCGGCCUGCAAGACGCCGAAAUUCAGUCGGCGCUGGCGGCAGCCUCGCGCGCAACACCCGCCCACCCCACAGCCGGCCGCACCAACUACAUGGCGAUCGCUGACAAGUGCGUGUACGCCGUCUUCUUUGGCCUCUUGCUGCUCGUCGCCGAGCGCGAAUAUGGCAUCAACGUCGCUGCAGUGCUGAGCUACGUCUUCCCGCGCGAGGCCGCGACCGUGCACCAGCUGUGGCCGUGGACGUCGUCGGUCCACGCCGCGCCGUAGCAUAUUCUGUGAACAUGGAAUGACUAUUUCUUAAACGA